AUGGAUAAAUCUACCUCACAAUAUAGUAAUGCUAGUGAAUCUGGGUGGACUCACUACUUAGACGAAUCCUCUAUUUCAGAGAGCUAUGUCGAAAGAAAAAGUGAGAAUGUAGAGUAUGAAGGAAAGAGAACAAGAAUGAAUGAGGAAGAGAAGUUUGAAGAAGAUUCAUCAAUGGUUUCUGAUGCUUCUUCUGGACCUCCACAUUAUGACAAUGAAGAAUACUAUUGUGAAAAUAUGUAUCAUUGUCUUUCUUCUACAAACAAAGAAUCCAACGAGAAGAAAAAAGUCAAAGAAUGUGACACAAGUCAACAAUCUUCACCUCUUGAUGACACUGCUAGCUCCCCAUUUUUCAGUUGUCCCAAGAAGCAAGAUAGUUUCUCAAAGAAUGGAGCAAUGGAGAAUGCAUUACAAUUUUCUGAGUGUAAAUUUGCAACAAGAAUAAAGGUGAUAUUGAUGAAGAAGAAAGAAAAUCGAAGACUUUAA